AUGACUACCAAUGUGCCGAAUCAUUUGGUCGAACGGCACAAGGAAGAGGAACAAGAAAAUACGAGGUGGAACGUUGAGGUGAGCAUAAAUUCUACUGAUCAUACUUUAAUCGAAUCACCAAAGAUGACAAAUAUUCAUGAGUUUGUCAAGGCUAGGACUAUAAAAUCGCUCAAACGAUCUGAUGAUGUAGAUACAACUGUUCACAGCUUGCAUAGGGGCAAGAAAGAUAGUGAGCUAAUUGCAGUACAAAUAAUCAAUGGCACAUUUGCAGAGGUUCCUUACACAAAUUAUGCCAACUUUCUAGGAAGUGAACAAAAUGCAGAUAUUUUGAACUGUUUUAUUCAUCUUAUAAGUCCAUUACCAAUGUCACUUCUGUCUGUUUUACACAAAUUAUCCAGUUUCCUCUAUUUCAUUGCUGAAGCACAGAAUAUUGAUCGAAUAUUAGAAGAGAUAAGUAAGGAAUGGAUAAAAGAAUAUCCUUCAACAAUUUGGAAAUCAAACUACAAGUUUUGUCAUAUUAUUCUGUUUUCUCUAUUAAUUCUAAAUACUGAUCUACGCCUGACAAAUGAAGAAUCUAGAUCUAGUAACAAAUUCAAGAAACGUAAGCAAACUUUAUCUGAAAAAGGCUUCAUUAACAAUACUUUGAAAGCGAUAGGCUCCGAAUUCAGUAGGAAUGGUGAACCCUUUGAUGUUGAUUAUAAAUACUUAGAGCAUCAAGUGACCCACGAAUUGUUUACAUAUUAUAAUUCUUUGAAACGGAAUCCUUUACCGUUAUUCUCAUGUCAACAGUACCAUCCGGAGGUAGCUAUGCCAACUAAAACUUUUCAGGAUCAACCAGAGCAUGAUUUUUCCAGAGAAUCCGUCUCCUCACACCGAUCAACGUCAGUUCCACUAUCUGAAUCUACCACCAAAAAUGUUGGCUUAAGGAAGACAACAUCCGCAACUUUGUCCUCUCUACAUAGCAUUGCCGAUUGGAACUAUAAAAAUAACGUCCCUCUCUCACAAUUAUACCUAAAGGAACGUUUUGAUAAAGUACUGAGAGCUGUGCAAAAUCCAAUGUGGUCGGUUGAUUCCAUUGUUGAAAUUACUGAGCGAGAUUUUGAGAGAUUACUACAAUAUAGGACGCAUAAGAAUAAUUCAAGUCACGUCAUUGAAACACUAGGAGCUCGGAGAAGAAGUAAAUCAUUUUUCAAAUGGUUCAAAAAAUCACUGAAGGGGAAGACGUUCCUAUCGGAAUCUCCAGAGACUACAGUUUCUAUAAAUGAUAAAGCAGAUUGGGUAAAAGUCCGAGUAAGAAUCUAUGAAGGUAGAAUAUUUAUUUUCAAAUUGAAGCAAACCCAAAUAGACAACCAAUCACCAGAAUCGUUAUUACUACUGAAUAUGGAAGAUUUCAAGGCAUUGAAUCCCAUAUGCGUCGUUUAUAAUUUGUAUGAAACUAGCAGUGAAUUGGUUCAAAAUAAUAUAAUAUUGAAAUCAAGAAAUGUGUUCCCUGAGUCUAAUGGUGAAGACGAAUUAAGAAGUUUCAUAUUGUACUUUCCAAAAGUUGGAAAGAAACCACGAAUAAAGAUAGAAUUCAAGACCAAUGAUUUGCAACUAUCUGAAAGAUAUGUGGCAUGCAUGAACGUUUGGGCAGCAAGAUUGAGCCCAAUACCAAAUGAGCAGUUUGAAUCCGUGUCUAACGAAGAAUACGGAUGGAGCACUAGAUUCUUGUCGGCUAAGGAGAAUAGUCGUAACAUUAAAAUCUCAAAAUGGAAACCUUUGCUCUCAUAUGAAUCUUUCUCAAGCUUUGGGAGCGAACUGUUCGAUAUGACUCCAGUGAAUGAAAAGAUUGGCAAACUAGAAAUCCUCGUUUCGUGGCUAGAAACGGUUAUUGACGAUCAUAACCAGGUUAAGAAAUCAAUGAUGAAAUCUUGUACAAGUAAUAAGGAACAGUUUGAGCUUGUUAUGGAUAACUGGAACUCAAAAUACUUAUUUCUUAGUGGACAGUAUAAUAAAAGACUUUUGUAUCUCGAGGCACUUCGAAGGCUACAGCAUGAAAUAGAGAACAUAAAAUUGUAA